UUAAAAGUUAAAAUUUUUGGGAAGUAAACCGAGAAGAUGGCUUUGCAGCCAACAUUUACUGUUCGAAUUCGAACAGAACAAGAACAAGAUAUGGAUUGGAUGGUGCAACCUGAUCAGAUCACAUUUAAUCAAGCAUUAGAAGUGAUAUCAAGAGUACUGCCUCAAGCCACAAUAACAGCAUUUGAAUAUGAAGAUGAAGAUGGGGACAGAAUUACAGUAAGAAGUGACGAAGAGAUGAGGUCUAUGUUCCAAACCUAUUUUAACUUGUUAAGUGAUGAAGACUAUGCAAGAGGAUUAUUACCUCCCCUGAUCAUAUACCCUAGAGUUGGAAAAACACCACAGAACAGAAACAAGUUUGGUUUAAAAAUUAAAACAGAUAAACAGUCAAUAUCCAAAUCAUCCAAACCUGUCCUUAUGAUUUCAGACAUUCAGAAAAAUAACAAUCCUAAAAAAAAUUGUCAAUCGAUGGAUUGUGGAGACAGUGAUACAGGACGUCCUCCAGGUCAGCCAUUACAUCCAGCUUCAGUCACACAUUUUGAUACGGUACAACCAACUGGUCAGUUUUCUCAGCCUGCUGAGGUUGGACAUCAACCUUUCAAUAUGAGACAGAACUUACAUCCUACUGAAAUGGGCCAUAAUCCUACAAACACAGGCCAAGCCUUGUACCCUGCAGGUAUAGGACAAGGCUUACAUCCUGCAGAAGUCCGACCCCAACCUACUAAUCCUACAGGAAUGGAACAUAAGCUAAUAAGAACAUCUAGUGAUCUGAGGCAGCUGUUAGCUACACAAGUCAUUUCAGAAGAAGAUCUACAAAUUUUAAAUUUAAUUGGUAAAGGCAAUGUAGGCUGUGUCUACAGAGCAUUACAUAAACCUACUCAAGCAAUUAUGGCUGUAAAGGUAAUGCUGCUAGAUGUAUCGACAGAAGAACAAAGUAGUAUAUUGUCUGAAUUAGAUAUUUUAAAUAAAUGUAAUUCCCCUGUGAUAAUUGGCUUUUAUAAAGCUUUCUUUGUUGAAAACAGAAUUUCUAUUUGUACAGAAUUUAUGGAUGGUGGAUCUUUAGAUAAGUAUGGUCUGAUUCCUGAGCAUAUAUUAGGGAGAAUGGCUGUAUCUAUGGUAGAAGGUUUAUGUUAUAUGUGGGCUUUAAAAAUUCUACACAGAGAUAUAAAACCUUCAAAUGUUCUAGUCAAUACCCAGGGUCAGGUCAAACUUUGUGAUUUUGGUGUCAGUACGCAGCUAGUAAAGUCAAUAGCUAAAACCUAUAUAGGAACCAAUGCAUAUAUGGCUCCUGAAAGAAUAAGAGGAGAGGUAUAUAGCCAUCCUGCAGAAGUAUGGAGCUUUGGUAUAACUUUGUUUGAGCUUGUUCAAGGAAGAUUUCCAUAUGACAAUAUGUCUGUGUACAACUCACCCAUGGCACUACUAAACAGAAUAACUAGUGAACCAACUCCAAGACUUUCUGAAAAUGAAUAUUCACCUGAUUUCAUUGAUUUUGUAUCAAGAUGUAUGCAACCAAUUCCAAGUCACAGAUUAAAAAUGGAAGAAUUGUCAGUUCACAGUUUUAUACAAAGAAACAAUGAUGGAAACCUAGCCAUUAUAGCUGCCUGGAUACAAGCCAAACUUGCCCAAAGACAAUCUAUAUCAUAGCAUUAUAGUUAUUGUUUAUAAACUAUACAAAAGUUCAAAAGCUGUGAUAGAAGCAUUAUAUAAUACCAGUCAAGGAAACCUAAUGUCUAGUUGACAUAAUUUUCCUCUGUUAUUUGUUGUAUCACCUGGAUUGAUCCACUAUUUACAUUGUGCCUUGACCAAGUAAAGGAUCAAGACAGUGAAUGGUCAUUUGUUUCAGUAGUUAUCAAGUAAUUCAAAGUGGCUAGUAUAUAUGGACAUCCAUUUUUUAUGUCCCAACUACAAUAGAAAGAGACAUUAUGUUUUCAGGUUUGUGUGUUACUUUGUUGGUCUGUCCGUCCCAUAUCAGGUUAAAGUUUUCAGUCAAUGUAGUUUACCAUGAAGUUGUGGUCACAUCAACUUGAAACUUAGUACACAUAUAAAAAUAAGAUGAUAUGGUGUGGUUGCCUAUGAGACAACUCUCCACCAGAGACGAAUGACAUAGAAGUGAACAAAUAUAGGUCAUUGUACGGCCUUCAAAAAAUGAGCAAAACCCAUACUGCAUAGUAAUCUUUAAUGUCCCGAAUUGACAAAUGUAAAACAAUUCAAAGAGAAAACUAUCUGCCUGAUUUAUUUACAAAACAAAUACGAUAUGCAGCAACAAAAACAAUCACUGAAUUACAGGCUCCUGACUUGGGACAGGCACAUACAGAAUGUGGUGGGGUUAAACAUGUCCAUUAUGUUCACUGAUGAAAGUUUCAACCCAAAAAUUGCAUUUCAUUGAACAAGAAUAUUGACUUUUGCCCUAACCUAAAAGUAUUUAUUAUGUUGUAUUGGCUACAAGAAUAUGUCAUAAACUUUUUUUUUUAUGAAAAUGUUUUUAAACAGAUUUGUCUGUUUCAAUAGCAUACAUUUGUACAUGAACAUUGCUGAACCAUUCUAUAGUGUUUUAUUUGGUGCAAACUAUACCUGGUUUUACAGGAUUUUUUAUAUGAAUGCUUGUAUUUGUGAGAAUGACUAAAUGUGACUAUUGAUAGUGUUGUUUAUAAAUUGGUAUGUUGAAUUUAUGAUAGAUACUAGUAUUGCAAUUAUAUGCCUGGAUUUAUAAUCCAAAAUAUUUAUACUUCAUUGUUUAUGUGCAUUAUUGUUAAAUGAGUGAGACUUAACCCUACUUAAAUGAAUUAAAAAAAUAAA